AUGCUAUCUCUUAUCAUUCCUUCACGCAUUCUUACCCUCUCACUAUGUGCAACAUUCCUCUACAUAUAUCUAUCCAUCAGUUCUCAAAUGUUUAUCAACUCCCGUCUUCCUGACAUCUUUUAUCAUCUAUCAUAUCCUUUCUUUGUAUCUAUCCUGUUCUCCCAUCUAUUGCGUAGUUUACUUAUCUGGCAUCUAUCUAUCUAUCAUCUAUCUGACUGGUUUGGACGAGUUCUGACUCUUCGUUUUUAUCUAUCUAUCUAUCUACAUCAGCUAAGAUCUAUCUAUCUAUCUCAGUCUCAGUAUCUAUCUACCAUCUAUCAUCAAUCUUAUGGUCAUCUAUCUAUCUAUCUAUUCAUCUAUCUAUCUGAUCUAAUGUUUAUCGAGUCUCGUCGUAUCUGCGAUGACCGGCUAUAUCUAUCAUUUCUAUCUAUCUAUCUAUCAUCUAUCUAUCCAGUCUCGGAACGUUUUAUCAACCAUCUAUCUAUCUAUCUAUCUAUCUCUCUCGCCAAUGUUGGAUCAACUGUCUCUUCGUAUCUAUUCAUCUAUCUAUCUAUCUAUCUAUCUAUCUAUCUAUCAAUCUAUCUAUCUAGUCUUAGUUUACAACUGUCUCUUCGUAUCUAUCUAUCCAUCUAUGGUCUAUCUAUCUAUCUAUUCAUCUAUCUAUCUAUCUAUCUCCGUCUCGUCGUAACGAUUUAUCACCAUUCACUAUCUAUCUAUCAUCUAUCUAUGAUCUAUCUAUCUAUCUAUCUCAGAUUCGAACGUUUAUCAACUAACGUCUUCGCUCUAUCUAUCUUUGAUCUAUCUAUCUAUCUAUCUAUCUAUCUAUCUAUCCCAGUCUCUGUAACGUUUAAACGUCUCUUCGCCAUCUUGGACAAUCUAUCUUAUCUAUCUAUCUAUCUAUCUCAGAACCAACUAUCUAUCUAUCUAUCCAUCUAUCUAUCCAUCUAUCUAUCUAUCAGAUCUCACUGUCUCUUAAAGCUAUUAUCUAUCUAUCAGCUAUCUAUCUAUCAUCUAUCUAUCUAUCUAGAUCAACUGUCUCUUCGUUCAUCUAUCUAUCUAUCUAUCUAUCUAUCUAUCUAUCUAUUAUCUAUCUAUCUCAGUCCUCGUAACGCACUAUCUAUCAGUCUAUCUAUCAUUUAUCUAACAUCUUUAUCUAUCUAUCUAAACGAUACCUGA